CCCCCCGUCGCCCCCGCCCCCUGCCGCACCGCACGCACGCAUCGAUUUGGGCUAAACGUUAGAUACCUCCUAACGCAGUUGUUAGGGUGGAAAAAAUAAUACGCGCAUAGUAAAUAAAAUGAAUUAGAAAUGCUGUGCGGUUUUUCGCGUGCGACCCGUUGACGGUGAACGCAUCCGGAGCGGAGCGCUGGCCCAGGCGGACGACUCCUUUCCGCCCCAGAAAAGUGCAAUACUCCACAACAACCACACGACACAGAAAACUGAGUGCAGUGCGGGUGAUUUUCUCAGAGUGUGGUGCUGCGCCAAGCGAAAAAGCCAAGCAAAGCGAAACGGGGUAAAAAGUGCAAUGCCGUGUGAAAUAUCACUCAACACAAACAACAAAAACAACAGCAACGACUGCGUUAGCAGCGGCGCAGCAACAAUAACAACAACAAACGAUAAAACAAAGAUAACAGAUAAAAGAGCAGCAGUCGAAAAUGUUUAUUGUAUAAUUUCCUAUUGAGCCAAAAAGGCAGGAACAGGACGCAGGACCCACAACAUAAAGCAGAGAAGCUUAGGACGUAGUAGAACUUGUGCAACGAACCGAUUGACCCACUGGCCGCCGCCUCCACAUGAAGACCAUGGGGCGCUUCGGCCUGCGCCGUGGCUUCAAGCUCUCGGAGGAACAGCAGCAGGUCAACGGCAAGAAUCCAAUUGGACCAGCAACGACCAUGGCAACACCUACUCCCGUUGCAACCACACCCGUUCCCGUUCCCCCCACACCCCGCAAAAAGCGUCAGCCACGACAGGAAGAGGUGACAACGUCGACGGAGCAGGAUCAGGUGCAGCUUGCAAAGAAAGAGUGCCCGGCCGAGGAUCAGAACUCAUCGCAGCAAUACCAGGAGCCACCUCUAUCGCUGAUCUGUAGCCUGCCCCUGGAACGGCUGCCUCGGCUCAUGGAGAAGCUGCAGCAGCUAACAGAAGAGCGGGAACGCGAACGGGAACGGGAGCGCGAGGAAGCCGCCGCCCUCAGCGCAGCGGGCCACUCCAAGGUUCUGUGUUUGUACUGUGAUAGAAAGUUCACCUCCGGCAAGCUGCAGGCCAAGCAUGUGGACAAGUUCCAUACGGAGCGUCAGGAGCGACGAUGCAGCGGUCGCUCCACCAGCUCCAAUGCCCAGCCCGCCGUCGGUUUUCCCGGUUGCCAUUUAUGCGGCCAGCAAACCGCCAAGCGACACCAGGCCAUGCCACCAUCGCAGAUAUGUCUGCCGGCCAAGCAUUUGGAGCAACUGUUCCAGCAUUUGAGCGAGCAGCAUACGGACAAGUACUUUGGCUGCCGGCAGUGUCGAUUGCGUUUCCCGGACGCUGAUCAGUUGGCGGGGCACCAGCGGCAGCAGCAUCCCUCGCUGCAGCGGCCGGAGGAAGCUGUGGCCGCCGCCGCCUCCAAGCCCGGAUUAAUGGGCGCAGAUGAGCCGGUUCUAUUUCGCUUGGGCCUCACCCAGAACCGGUUGCCCAGCCAUCGAAAUCGUAGUCAGCGCAAGGAGGAGGAGCCGCCGUCGCCUUUGGCCACGCCCACAAGCCACAAGUCGCGGAGCAGCAGCCGGACGGCGGCCCAAAGGCAACAGCAGCCAGGAUCGAGUGGCAAUCAGUUGCAGGACCCAGUCAAUCCGGAUGCAGUGUUCCGGCUGCCAGUUAGCUCAGCUUGCAUAACCACCACCGCCUCCUCCUCCGCUGCAGCCGCUUCCUCCGCCGCCGCCACCGCCGCCUCCAGUUCCGUGUUUGAUGAUAACUUCUACAAGGAUGUGGUAUUUAAUGUGCGCCACAACCUACAGAAUCACCUGGAUGGUAGGCUACUCACCUCAGCAGCUGCAACUGGAACAACACAGGCCACUGGCCAGAGACCGGAGCUGAUCAUGCUGCAUGGUCCCAGCCAGCUGUCUACCGGCGGCGCCUCUUAUCCCACGCUGCUCACCUCGGAGCAGUUUGGCGGCACCGGCGAGCUCCUGCCGUUGGCCAAGUUCCGACGGAGACCGCACACGAAGCACAGCUGGAAGUGGAAGUGGGACUAUGUGAAGAAGUUCACCCUGAUCAACGAGGGCGGAAGGCUGGUGAAGAAGCUGAAGCAGCCCAGUUUGGGUCUUGGCUUGCGCGAUCUCUCCAAGCUGGAUAUGUGGACGCAGCUGACGAUGCGCCAGAAGCACGAUCUCUCGCUCUCGCUGGAGGUGGAGCAACAGAAUCAGGAGCAGCGCCACCUUCUGGAGCAGCUAAAUCUUAUACUCGACCAUCGCCUGUUGCCGCACAUUAUUCUGGAGCAGAACGAGCAGGCGGUCAUCAAGUGCGAGAACGAUGAUGGCGACGAGGAGCUAGGCCUUGAUGGUCACAGAACGGACGACGAUCUGGCCUUGGGACAGAGUUUCGCCGACGAGAGUUUUCUCUCGCUGCUGCAGCUUCAGCCGCGAAUAUCCGAUCCGGAACGGGGCAGAGAGCGUGAUCUAGAGCGGGAACGGGAACGGCUUAGGCUUCGGAACCCUAGGCGAGGAACCCUUGUCCUUAGCGGUGAGUGGGCCCGACCCCGGCUCUACCUAUGCAUCUGCUGUGGGGCCAAGUUUGACCAGCGCAAGUCGCUGGAGGAGCACAAGACCUUCCGUCACUCGCACAUCUAUGCGACCCACUACGAGGUGGUGGGCCGGGAGCUGCUGGCCGGCAACCUGCUGCGUCACCUCUUCAUACCCAAGCGAGCACUUGGUCGCUUCGCCAGCGCCAGCAAUUGUCCACCGGUUGGUGCCCUUGUGCCCCUUGUGCAUCAGCCCAAACAAGAGCAAGAGCAUCGCGUUCAGCCUGAGGAGGAGACCAGGUCAUCCGCCUCCUCUCGCUCCUCAUACGAGGUGUCCACACCAACGCCGCUGUUGGGCUUGGAGCAGCAGCAACCGUCGCCGGCCUCUGGCUCCUCGGGCACAGCCUCUUCGGCAUCAUCGUCAUCCUGCUCGCCCAGCUCGUCAUCGACGCUGAUGUCCACCGCCUCCACCUCGAUGUCCUUGUCCACCUUGUGCACCUCCUCCUCAUCGACGACUAUUACUUCGUCCUCGUCCGCUCCCUCCAGCUGCACCAAGUGCGGACGCAAAUGCAGCGGCCUCAUGGAUCUCUAUCGCCACAUGCUGGACUGCUCCGGCGACUAUGUGUGGUCGCUGGCCAAGAAGCGCAAGUAUCGCUAUUAUUGCGGCACCAAGAAGCGUCGCGCCUUCUCCAAGAAGCCGCACAAACAGCUCUCAAUCCGCAAAAAGGAGAAGCUGGAGGGGGAGGCAGAGAACGAAGGCGAGCACGAGGUGGAGGUUGAGGGCGAGGGUGAGGAGAGCGGCUGCAGUUCCUCCAAGCUAAAGAGCUCGCCACGCCAAAGGCCCAGCGAUGCGGAGUCCAUACGCAAGAUGCUGGAGAACCUGCCCGCCAAGCGUGUCUGCAAGAAGAUCUUUCCCGUGGACAACAAGGCCAAGCGCAAGGCCAAGAACAAGGCCAAGUCCAUGGUCAAGUCCAAGUCGAAGUCGAAGUCCAAGCAGCAGCGCAGCAGCAGCACCAAGAGGAUCUACAAUCAGCAUUUGUUGCGCAAUACGCGUUCUCGCUCGCGCUCCUCGGUGGUGGCCACAGCCUCCUCGGCCGCCGCUGUGGUAGCACAGCAGCAGCGCAGCCGCCGCAAACAGAAGCAACAGCAGCAGCUACAGCAGAAAAAAGCCAAGUUAGACCUGGUCAAAUCCCCGCCAGAAACGACCCCCGCUGCAGCACAAACGGAGGCCUUGCCGGAGCAGGCUCCCAACUCCCCAACCACAGUCACUGCCAAGUCACGAUCUCCCGCUGAGGAAAAGCCUACGCUAAGCUUGGAGCUGCCCCUGGCACUUCCGAGCUCCCUGCCACCACUUUCGGAGGCAGUUGCUCAGGAGUCGGAGUCUAGCAGCAAACAGCUGAUGCCCACACCGCCCACAACCCCGGCUCCGGCCACCAAAUCCCCGCCAGCUGCCGCUAUUGCGCCGCCAUUCUCGGCCAGGACUCCCAACUCAACGAAUGUGAAGCGUAGCAAGAGGAUCAGCGACUGCAUAGCCAUGCUUACCGGCAAGCUGGAGGAGAAACUCAAGACAGCGCCGCCUCCGCUGGAGAAGGAGAAGGACAAAGUGGAGAAGGAAAAAGCGGAAAGGGAAAAUCUGGACAAGGAGAAGCUCGAGAAGAUGGAGAAGCAGCAGCCGGAGCCACCGGUUGCUUUGGAAAAGAAUAUGGAGAAGGAGAAGGAACCACUGCUGGCCAAGACGCCCAAACGCAAAGCAGUGUCGAGGCGAAUAAUCAAAGUGGAUGCUCCAACGGAGGCUGUGCUGGAGCAGGAGCAGAAGCUAACAGAAGCAGUGAUGCCGCUUACACCCUCGCCUGUGGUUCUGCCCCCCGCCCUAGUUACCACUGUUCCCGCAACCGUUGCUGCAGGAGUCCUUCCACUUCCAAUUCUCAGCACUCCUCCGGCACCAGUUCCAGUUCCAGUUGCAGCUCCUGUUCAACCGCCCAUUACGGCACCAGCUCCACCGCCACCGAGGCGUACGCCCACCAAGGCGGCGGCCAAGCAAAUGACUGCUGCACCACCAACGAAACCGCCGUCGCUGGCCGCUCUCAAGCAGUAUCCUCCCGUGGACCAGCAGCAGCAGGUGCUGCCCGUGCCUGUUCCUAAUCCUGUGCCGCCGCCCGCACUCGUGGCAGUCCCAUUGGGACUCCAGGCUAUGCCAGCUCCAGCUAAUGCUAACCUGCCCCUACCCUUGAACGUCAAGAUGAUGUCCAAGCUGCCUCUGUAUAUGCCGCAGCUUCAGCCGCAACCUCAGCCUCAGCCUCAAUCUCAACCACCACCACCCUCCUCCACCAUGUUUGUGCUGGACCCCCAGCAGCCGCUCAAUCUCACCAGCCAGCGCGGAGUGCUACAGAAGCCGCUAAUAAGCGGGACAACAGGGGAUCCGGGACUCGUUGGCUUGCAGCCGCAUCAUCAUCGUGCCGGAGGAAUACCUGCCAGGCGGCAGACGAUCUGUGGCUUUGAGGCACGCAACCUGCUAAGCUCUGACAUGGAUAUGGAGCCGCUGGAUUUAUCAAAGAAAUCGUCGAGAAAGUCUUCGCCAGCGCCAGCGCCGAGGAUGCAGCCAGAGGUGUCAGUGGUGGCCAUGCCAUCACUACCACUACCACUGCCACUGCCGCUGGUGGCUGGAGGAACCAGAGCAGGAGCUCAGCCACAGCAAGUACCUCAGCAAGGUAUGCCCGUUCCUGUGCCGGUAGCCCUUCCUGGACAGCUGCCGAUGGGUGGCCUACCUGCUCCCCUGGCCUCGCAGUAUUACUCGAAUCUGGAUCUGCUCAAGAUACCGCAGGUGCGGAAUCCCAACAAUCCCGGCGUGGUGGUGGCCUCAAACAUUCCGCCUCCCGUUGGGGCAGUGGCUGUCGCAGCAGCAUCUACCUUGGUGCUCAGCCAAGUCAAGGGUUCGGGCAGCAAGAAGCGCUUGCAGCAGGAUAAUGGCGGCUCAUCUGGUGGCUCCAAGAAGGACCAUGGCAAGGGCCAGGCCAAGGCGUGUCCGCGGAUGGAUGAUGUGGUUAACAAUCAUAUUGAUGAUGCCAUUAAUUCGGUGAUCAUGGCCGUGCAAGCGAGCCUGCCCGAUGACGAGGACGAGGCGGAAACGGAAAAAGAAAAGGAACGGGACAAAGAGAAGCUGAAGAAGCUGGAGGAAGCCAUGCCCCCCAAGUCGGGCAAUUGCAUUCUGCCUUUGCCGGCAACUCCUGGUUUUUUGUUUGCUCCAGCCACUGCGACAGCCAGGACGAUUCCACCUGCAGCUUCUCAGCCAGUUGUGGCUUCCGCUCAGCAGCCUUUGCCUUUGCCUGUGCCAGUCCCUGUACCUGUACCUGUUCCCGUCAAGAAUCUAACGCCCAAGAAGCGUUCCAUGCGCUCGCGGACCAUCGAUUGUCGUGCCGCCUUGCUGGCCCUGGAUGAGGUGACUCCUUCGUCGGCGCCGUUGCUGGCCUUACCAGUGAAUGGCGAGGCGAGACGGGAAGUGUCUCAGAUGCUGGAGGAUGCCUUGGCACUGCCAGUGCCGGCUCCAGUUCCAGGUUUGCCCGAAACGGGCCUCAAGGAAGCCAGGAUGGAGAAGAAGCUGCUGGCUGAGCCCACUCCAGUUCUGCCUGAGCCAAAGCCGGAAACAGAACCAAGGCCAGAGGCAGAGCAGGAGCUUUCUCAGCAGGAGGAGGAACAGGAGGAGCCUGUGCCCGUUCCCGUUCCCGUCUCUGUCAUCUCCGUGGCGCCCGCUCAGCCGCUGCUGGCUCCGCGUCAUGCCACACCGCCGCCGGAGACUACCAACUGCAGCUCAUCGUUGAUGGAGGAGCACAGCAGCAAUCUGAACAACAAUACCUCGUCCGGUUUUCACAGCCUGGCCCAGUCGGAGCAGCCAAUGCCAACCACAACAACCACGAUGCCAGGAGGCACAGAGGAGCAGCUGCCCCCAGCCAAGGAGGAGGAGGUGGACACUGGCCUGCUGCCCGCCAAGAAGAAGCAGCGCCGGCGAAGGAAAAACGAACUGGCGGCCAUUGUGGCUGAUCAGCUGCUGGAGAGCUUCAAGAUCGACAAUGCCCGCCGGGACAAUCUCAAGAAGCUGGAGAAUCUUGCGUACGAGAAGAGCGAGGAUCUGCUGCUCACUGGCAUGCUGCUAAUGUCCAGCACCAAGCGUAAUGCGGCUCUAGGUCCUGCGGCGGCAGCGGCUGCCGCCAAGCUGGCCAAGAGUGAGGCCACUACGGUGGCGGAGACCCCUUUGAAUCCACCAGUGCGUGGCAGGCCCAAGCGCCGCCAGAGCUGCUACUAUCGUCGGGGCAAGGGGGCGGGAGCGGGCAAUGGUUCUGCCAGUGGUGGCAAGGCCACCAAUGAGAACAUAAGCCUGCUCAAGUCCUCACUGGAAUCCUUCUCCAUUGGCAUUGAGAAGCAGCUGCUGGCCAAGGAGGCCCGAGAGGCCAAAGAUGCAGCCCAGCCAAUGGCGGCGGUGAUCACCACACAGCCGGCGGUAAGCUCCAUCUUAAGACCCAGCAUCCUCAGCAGCGCCGUGGCCAGGGAACAGCAGCAGCAGCAACAGCAGGAGAAGCAGCAGUCGCAGAGGACGCCGGGUAAGCAGCAGGACAAGCAGGAUAAGAUCCCUCAGGCGGCCACCUUCAGUCGCGAUCCGCGUCUCAAUAAGAACAUCCACAAGGAACUGCCGGCGGACAGCACUGGCGGCGGCAAGGAUAUGUCCAAGGUGACGCAGCCAGCGGUGCCGCCAGCCUCGGGCGAUAAUCCCGAGGAGGAGGACAACUACCUCACGGAGAUAGCCAAGAAUGUCAACGAGAAGAUCAUGUCGGCCACCACCAAUGAGGACUUUGAGUUUGCCCACGACGAGUUUGAUGGCGAGGAUCAGGAUCAGGACCAUGACAAGUACUACCGCCCGCCCACCUCCAUGAGCGUCCGCAGUGCCCCCAAUCUAAACGACGAGCACUCGAACUUUGGCUCCAUGUGCGACGAUAAUACCAACACGGAGGUAAUGGACAUGGACCUGGACGAUGAGAUGAGCGUGUAUACCAGUUACUCGCAGGAUCUGGGACGCGGUGGACGCGGGCGGCGGCGCAGGCGUCGACGGAGCGUCCUAUUUACACGGCGUCCCAAGAAGCGGACGCAGCGUAGCGAACUGGAUGCGGAGAAGUAUGGUUGCAAGCUCUGCGGCAAGAGCUUCUUCUCGGCCACCUCGUUGUCCAAGCACAACAUGACCCUAGCCCAUGUGUCCAAGGUGUCCGCCCAGGAGUAUCUGCAGUCCCAGACGGCGCCCUCGAGUCCGCAGGAGCCAGAUAGCUUGGAGCAGGAUCAGGACAAGGAACGGGACAGGCAGCGGGCGGAGGAGGAGGACCUAGGGAUGCUCAAGGAGCAGCCGCCACCAGCAGCUGCAGCAGCGCCGCAGCAAAUGAGAGCCUCGGUGCUGAUGGUAACCUCGCAGCUGGCCCAGCAGGAAAGGGAGUUACAGCGGGAGCAGGAGAGAGAGCAGCAGCAGCAGGAGCAGCAGCGGGAGCAGAGAGUCCCAGAUCCGGACCAGGUGCAUCAUGUGAUCACCGAGGCCAGUCUCCGGCUGCACGACAACCAGCACAGCCCCAGCACAGCUCCCUCCGCCGCCCGGCUCAAUCUCAAUCCCGACGAGCGUCUCUUCUACGAGUGCUGCAACAUCCUCAAGAGCGCCGAGACACCGCGCCAGCAGCAUGGCACUGGAACCUCUGUGAUUGUGAGUGCCGGUCGAAAGCAGCCGCCACCGCCUCCAGCCUCGCCCUCGCCAUCGCCUUCGCGAUCUCCUACGCGUUCCCUGCCACCGCCACCGGCCUCACCCUCGCCAUCGCAUUCACGUUCCGCAUCGCUACCACCGCCAGCUUCGCCAUCGCCAUCGCCACCACCACUGCCGGCAGCAGUCCCUCAUCCACCGCCAGCUCCGCCAGUGCCCGCUGUCUGCCAUCAGCCGGUGAUCCAACAGCUGUUCCGCAACCCGCCCGCCGUCACGCCCACCACCACACCCACCAAUCACAACCGGCUCUCGCCCAGCUACUCGGCGGUGUCACAGUUCUCGGCCACCACCACCACGUCCCGCUUCAAGACGAAGGCCGCCAUGAAGGGCUACGAGAAUGUGAACCUGCAGCUGGACAUGCUGGAGUUGGCCAAGUCCGGCCGCGGGGUGUGCAAGCUCACCGAGUUGGCGGACAUUGCUUUGGGGAGUGAGAAGCCAGGCGGUGACUUCUUGCCCCACCUGCCACCCACACCAGCGGCGGUGGUGGCACCUCCUCCGGCAUUGCUAACAGCACCUCCUCCUGCCCUGCAACAGACACCGACGCCCACAGUGACGCCAACGCCCCUGGCAAUGCCGGAACAUCAGCAGCAGCAAAGCUCCACGUCCUCGAAGACGAUCAUGCACGCCUCGAUCAUCAAGGCGGCGGCGGGUGUGGCCAGUUCGGCCACCUUGCCGCCUGUCUCUGGACGUAUCAUCAUACCAGAUCGGCCGUUCAAGAACAUUGGGCUGGAGGAGAAGGCGCCCAUAACUUUCCAGAAGCCCAAGACGUGCGUGAAUCUGCUGCAGGAGCAGGACAACAACAGUGUCUCGACGGCCAGCUACUCGGAUCGCGAUGACUAUGAUUUUGGCACCCUGAGCUGUGAUGGCGAUGUGGAACCGGAACCGGAGCCGGAGCCAGAGCCGCUCAGAGUUGGUGUAGAGGCGGGGCGAGGGGUUCUGCCGGCUGGGAGUAGCGGUAAUCGUGCCGUAUCCACAUCCAGCUCAUCGUCUUCAUCCUCCUCGUCGGCUGACCAUAGCAGGAGUGGUGGGAGCAGCAGCAGUAGCUCUAGUCGGGCCACCGCCAAGACCUUUGAGAACAAAUCCCUGAUAAUGGGUCGCAUCUUCAAGCAUGCCAGCAGCGCCAAGGCCUCAGCAGUGGUGGCUGCCUCGGCGGGCAUGCUGCCGGGGCCCAAUGUGGUUGUGGUGCCCGGUUUGGUCAAGAACAAGGCGCCGCUGUCCAAGAAUCAGGCCAAUCUGGAUCAGAUUUUUGAUGAGUUGCGCGGUGGCGGAGGAGGAGGAGGCGGAGGAGGACUAGCAGCCAAGGUGACGGAUGUGGAGGCACCGCCAGCACAGGUCCACGACAGCUGGGCAAGGCAUCAUCCACAACAGCAGCAGCAGCACCAUCAUCACCAUCAUCAUCAUCACCAUCAUCACCAGGUGGAGCCCAUGGCUGCACCGGCCGCUCCAGCAGCCCCAGCGGCCAUGCCGGCUCCCAGUGCUCUGCCUCCGGGCAGAAAAACCAAGUCAAUGGCUGCUGGGAAGAAGGCCACCAAGUCAGCGCCGCCUCCUCCCACGCCCACAGCCAGUACAGCCUCUGGAUCUUCCAGCUCCUCCACUCGCAAGCCGCGCAAGGAUCUUACCAAGCUUCAAUCGGAGUUGGGCAUGAGCCAUGAGGAGAUCGAGCAGCUAAUCGACGAAGGCCAGCGCAAGUCCAAGCGCCGCUGUGCCACCAAUCGGCCCAAGAAGCUGGUGGAGACCUGGAGCUCCGAUGAGUACGAGGAGUUCCUCUCCACCAAAGACAUCAUUGCUUUGAUCGAGCAAAAGGAGCAACAGGAGCUGCGGCGCAAGCGUAAGACCAGCGAGGCUAAUUCCCAACCGGAGGCAGUGGCUCCACCACAGGCAGCCAGCAAAAAGAUGCCGCAGACGCCUCAGGCGGCGACGCCAAAGCGUAAGAACCGAGCGAAUGACAAGAAGCAGCAGUCAUCUGAGGUGGAGCAGCCCAAGCCAAGGGUUAGGCAACGGAAUCAACCAGCUACUGCUCCUCCUCCACCACCACCACCGCCACCAGAGGUAGUGCCACCUCCUCCUCCUUCCGCUAGGGGUAAAUCCAAAGCCACGGCCAAGAGCAAAACAGCCACCGCAGCGGCGAUGACCAAGACCAGCAAUUCCCGGAAAAAACGAGGCAAUGAAAAGCUUAAGGAGCAGCGGCCAGUCCUGGAGGAGGAGGAGGAACAACAGCCUCCAGAGGAGCAUGGUAAAGCGGCUAUAGAAACCCAAGAUCCUCCAACAAGGACGCGUAGCUCCAGGCAACAGCCCAAGAGCAGAGCAGAGCCUGAACUUGUCCUGGCGCCACAGGAGAUGGAGGGAACGCCCAGAGAGAGGACAAAGGCAAGUCGCAACAGCAAUCCAGCGCAGCCACUGGCUCCUCCGCCGCCACAUCCUCAGCCCAGGAGCAGCUCGGUGGCCACCAACUCGAACAACAACAACAACAACAACAGCAGUAGCAACAAGAAUCUGAAGACCAAACGAAGAUCGCAGACAAACCGCCUUUCGCCGGCACGUAGAAAGCGUCCAGCAACGGAGAAGCAACUCUACUACUGGAGCAGCUCCAGCGAUGAUGAGUUUGGACGGAUGGAAGCCGAAAGUAGCGAGGCAGCACCUGGUGAUGCUGGCUCCAGAAUGGGAACAGGAACUGGCGGCGAGCGACUGGAACUGGAGGAACCGGAGGAGGAGGCAUCACCCUCGCCCGGCAAGCACUUCGAGGAGAACGAGCCGUACCAGAAGCACGGCUGGAUCGUGGGUGACUCGCACAAGAAGCUAGUGAAGCUGCUGGCCAUCGCCAAGGGUAGCAAGAAGGUGGAUAACUGCGGUGUCAAGCGGCGCACGCCCAAGCGCAAAUGCUAGGAGUGCGAGAAUCUGGAGGAGACAAAGAGUCACCAGCUGGAGGAUGAGGAUAGCCACCACGAUGGCCUCCUCUUCCUCCGGCCGGACAACAACAAGUCAUAGCCAUAGGCCUCGACGGCGGAGUCGUCGGCGCGGGCAGCCGACGACGACGAAGACGACAAGAAUCCAUCGCCGCCAUCGAUCACAUAAUACGUACUGCCAUUGUGUCAUCAUCGUUAAGCGUUAAGGCCAGUGCCAGGCGGGGAUUGGCUGGAGCAGGCAGCGGGAGCCUGGCCUGGCCUGGCCCCAUUAACCGUAUGCGGAGUAUAUGCAAAAAUAUUUUUCUUUCUUUUAAACAUCUAAGCGUUACAUUAUUUAGGUUUUUUUUUUAUUAAGUGUAUUUAUAAUUAAUAAACGAA